AUGGAGAGAUGCUCCAUCUCUCCUGUCGCACGACUGACUGCCCUCCGCUUCCUCGUCUCCAUCCUCUUGGUUGCUCUGGUGACACAGCCCUCCACCUGUAACCGUGACAAUAGUGAGGACGAGGAGCAGGCAGACGCCCUGUCGGUCCAGCUGUCCGUCACAGCCCAGGUCACACCCACGCCUCUGUGGGCAGUGGUCUGGGGUCCCACGCAGCCUCUAGAGGAUGAGACCUAUCACUUCCUUUCCAGCCAGGAAACUGACCCCCUGCACCAGCAUGGGAAUCAGCAGGAGGCCAGCACCACCAAGUCAAACUGGCCAGCGAGCAUGCAGCCCCGAGAGGAGGCACCGCUGGAGUCUAAGGACCUGGAGGGAGUGGAGGACGGAGGGAUGAAGGCGGAGGAGACGGAGCCUGAGGAAGUGGACCCUCAGUUCUACGUCACCUUGACCAUCUCCUCGCUGCUCUUCCUGACUGCAGUCGUCAUUACAGCCAAACUCUGUUACGAUCACAGCUGUUCCCAGCAUCCACCCCCUCUUUCUCGUGGAUUGGCACCCCCCCACUCCCUCGCGCUCCCUCGUUCCCUCGCUUCGGAGGACAGCCGGCAGACGUUGCACAGCACCUCCUCCUCCUUCACCGACAGAGAGAGGUAA